AUGGGUGUCGAACCUCCAUUCAUCUACGACCGUCCCUCGGCCUAUACCUUUGGUAGUCCCACCUCUCGUGGGUUCGAUCCCAAAGCUGCAACUCGUUCAUCAUGGCAGCCGCCUCUACAGAAGCCAAAGCAAGAAGGGCCACUGAUUGAAUUUAAUAAACACCCAGACUCGUACCUCGCCGUUCCUUAUGGCAACCUCAAUGUCAAACCAAUGCAUCCUCGAACCAAGCUCCGAGUCGAUCGAGCCCGACUGCUCCAACUCUUCCUACGAGUCUGCUCUUUGAUCGGAGCCUUGGGAGCUCUUUUCUGCGUCAUCGCUAUCAACAAGACCGCCACCAGUGUUGGAUGGAUCAUUCGUGCUGCACCAGCUGUUGCUAUCUGCCACACCAUCUACGGCAUUCACCACCUCUGUCGAGCCGCCACCGGUCGAACUCCCGCCUCGACUGCGAGCUAUAUGAUUUUUGCCGCCAUCGUUGACACUGGUCUGAUACCAUUCUUCGUAUUUUCUGCCUGGUUGGCCAAUGCGGACUACACAAGAAAUGAAUAUGGAUGGAGCACAUUGUUUAACAACUCCGACCUCUCCUACAAGAUCAUAUUUGCCUUCUUCAUUGUGUCAUGUGUACAAGGAGGCCUCUUCGUUGUCUCUUUGAUCCUGGACAUCUUCUUGGCUGCCAAGUUCAAGCAAAUUGCCAGGAUGCCACCGGACAUGAAUCCCCUCGAACCAAAUUUGACCUCCAGACACAAGCGAAAUAAAUCGGAGGGAAUCACAGAGAAGAAUAUGAAUGCAUCUGCUCUAGCCGCAAAACGAGAGUCGAACAAAUCGGGCUUCAAACGCGUCCCAUUCAUUCACACUCGAACCGAUUCCGCAGACAGCGUCACUCUAUACGGAAAUGAAAGCGCUCGAAACUCGAGGGCUGAGUUUCGUAAGGAACUCAGUGAGAAUGAGAAGGACCCGUGGCGAUUUUCGGGCUCGACUGUUUCACCUUCACGACCAACAUCUGCUGUCAGUCCAUCUCCAAACGCUCGCGGUGUUGGUGCCGGCCUUGAUUAUCGUCCCGAACGUGCUUCUUCCCCUCUCAAGGAAAAGACUUCCAGACCGUCAUCUUGGCUCUCAUACUUAGAUUAUGAAGGCGUCCCUACCGAUAUGAGUCAAGACGCCACGGCUCACCUCGACAGCGAAGUUCGUCCCAUUUCUCCUGUUUCAGCCAUUUCGGGACGUGAUCCAUCCAUUGAUCGACGCAACCAAGAGAGGGAGAAUUGGUAUGAAGGAGGUGCCAGAAACAGCCAGAUGUAUUUGCCUUCGAACAACACCAGUAGAUCCCAUCUCGAUCAGCACUUGGCAGUACCGACUGUCGAGACCACUCCCAAGAAACGAAGCAGAGAGCCACUGGCCAUGAACCCUCCCACCCCGACUCUUGGACAAUUCACCGAUGAAAAUUCCCAUGCCACCCCACACCGAGAGGGAAGAUACUCUUUUGAACAAGAUGGAGAAGUGCUCAAUGAUACCACUGGAAACGCUCGAGGACGACCGACAGGCAACUCCAGACCAUCAAGCUUCGUAGGUAGUGGUGGAAAAGCACGUUUCUAUGGUGAUCUUCGAUCGUCCAUUGGGUCAGUCAGCUUUCCAUUUGGAGAUAAGAAGGAGCCCGAGCUCAACGUGCACGAGGUGGAUCCAUAUGAGCGGACCAAGACGAUGCAGACUGAAAGUGACUACAGUGCCAAUUUUGAGGUGUAUGAGUCGGACAGUGACGACGAAGGACAGCUCCGGGCCAACAUAGUGGAUGUCAAGUCUACGUUUGUGCCACCCUAUAGCAGCCCCUACGGUGUCCGACAGAGCUCCAAUUCAACUGGUGCCGAUCUCAAUGCAGGAUAUGCAGGUCUCGGGGUCGAGUUUGGCCAGGGCAUGGGCAGAAGACGAGAUGUCAGUGGUAAGGUUGCGGAGGAAGGUCGUGCUGGCAGUGAAUCCCCAACCCGAAAUGGCGAGGCUGGCUGGAAGCGAUUCAAAGGAUUGUGA